AUGGAGUCUUUAAUUCACGUUCAAAAUGAUUUUUACACACGAAUUAAUAAGACUAGAGCUAAUUUUAAGAAAUCUCCUAAAGGUCGUAUUACAGAAGAAUAUGUAGAGAAUAGAUUAAAAAUAAUAGAAGAGUUGUGGUCAGAGUUUAAGUCAGGUCAUAAGGAGCUUUAUAAAUUAGCAGAUCCAAGUAAAUUAAAACUUCAUAGUUAUGUUACCGAUGAAGUAUAUUAUAAAAUGGAAGAAGUAUAUUUAGAUCACAAAUGUGAAUUGAUAGAAUUAUUAAAAAGUUUUAUUCCUAAAAGAUCAGAUAACGAAUAUUUAUCUGCCAGUGGUGAUAAUAAUUCUGCAGGUGCUAAGUCUAGCCAUAAUUGGCGCGAGAGGGGCCCUUCAUGCCCCUCCCACACCUCUCUUGUUGUCCGUGAGUUUUUGAGGUGGACCGAACACCGCCGGAUUGCACUAGAGUUUAUUGAGCCUAAUAAUAGUAAUAGACGGUCAGAUUCAAGAAAUUUAGUACAAAACUCUGUUAAAACUAGAGUACUACAUGCAAAUGUAUUCGAAGUAGUAUGUGAAUAUUGUGCUGGUAAUCACAAGUUAUGUUUCUGUAAAGAAUUUAGUUCAAAAGGUUAUGACAAAAGACAUGAGUUUGUAGCAAACAAUCGUAUUUGUUUCAAUUGCUUAGGAAGUAAUCAUUCUGUAAGAUUCUGUCAAAAGGCUACAAAUUGUAGGAUAUGCAAAAAACGACAUCACUCUCUUCUUCACCCACCAAAUAUGACUCCAGAAACUAUCAAUCAAGGUGUGUCGACACAGAAGGUCACUGAAGUUGCUACUACAAACAAUGAAAAUGAGCCCACAGUGGAUUCAAUAGUAACUUGUUUGGGUACAAGUGAGUUAAGAAAACAAGUACUCUUAGCUACAGCUCUGGUAAAAGUCAAAUCAAGUUCAGGUCAAUAUCAAGUUGUUCGAGCACUCAUAGAUCAAGGUUCACAAGCCUCAUUUAUUACAGAAGAUACCUUGCAGGAAUUAGGUUUAAAAAGGUCAUCUGUAAAGGGUAUUAUCUCAGGACUUAGUGAAAAUAAUAGUUCAGUAACUUCACAGGGAAUAGUAUUAUUGAAAAUUCUAUCAAUGUUUGAUCCUACAUUCAAAAUUAAUGUUACAACACACGUGUUAAAACAAAUUACCUCUCGUCUGCCUGCUAAACAGAUAGCUGAAAUAAAUUGGAUUAAAUCAGCGAAUAUUACUCUUGCGGAUCCUCAAUAUGACUCUCCUAAUAAAAUUGAUCUUUUAUUAGGCGCUGAAGUGUACAGCCAGAUUUUACAAGGCGGAAUAAUGAAGAACGCGGCUAUGAAGAACGCGGCUGGAUCCACUUUAGCACAACGUACAUCUUUAGGAUGGAUAUUAUCUGGAUCUGUUGAAUGUACAAAUGUAGACGACAAUAUAGUAGUUCUACAUAGCCAUAUAGAGGAAAAUGAUAUGUUGAAUCGAUUUUCGGAACUGAAGUCAGAGAGUAUGAAUAGUUCAAAGAAAAUGUUGACUCCAGAGGAAGAACAAUGUGAACGAAUUUUCACAUCUACCACAAAACAGAACAAAGAUUGCCGAUAUAUUGUGAAACUACCUUUACGCGAGGAUGAUACUUGCGAGGGCGGCAAAUCACGAAAAACAGUAGUGGAAAAGUUUAAAGAUCUGGAAAAAAGAUUCAAAAGAGAUAAUGAGCUUAAAAAAGAUUAUACAAAGGUAAAUAAUGAAUAUUUAACUUUAAAUCAUAUGAAAAUGAUGGAACAGCCCGAUGAUGAAGUAAGCCAGUCAGUUUAUUCACCACAUCAUACAGUCGUUCGGAAGAAAAUGAUCACUACAAAGAUGAGAGUAGUUUUCGAUGGUUCCUGUAAAAAUAAAAAAGGUAUAUCAUUUAAUGGUAACUUGUUAAUUAGUCCUAAAUUACAACUAGAGUUACGUCAUUUUAUAAUACGUUGGAUGCAUCAACCAAUUUCUCUUACUGCAGACAUCAUUAAAAUGUGCAAGAUAGUUAAGGUAACAGACAAAGAUACUAAUUAUCAACACAUGGUAUGGAGAGAAAAUAUAGAUGAUGAGAUACGAGAUUACAAACUGCUAACAGUUACAUUUGGUACAUCAUCUGUCCCAUAUUUAACAGUGAGAGCUAUGAAUCAAGUAGUAAAUGGUGAAAAAGCUGAAUAUCCGCUUGCAUCAAGAAGAGUAAACUGUGAAUUUUAUAUGAAUGAUUUAAAGAGUAGAGGUCAAACUAUAGAAAAAGCAUUAAAAUUUUAUUAUGAAAUGAAUGCACUAUUAAAUAAAGGCGGUUUCAUAUUGCAGAAAUGGUAUAAAACAAGUAAUAAAGAUCAACUAAAUGAAAUGAUAAAUAAGGAUAAUGAAGAAAAUAGAAAAAUAGGAGAUAUUAAGGGAAAUGUGAAAUUUAAAACAGACAAUGUAGUAUAUUUGAGAAUUAAAGAUAAUUUCUCUAGCCUCAAACUUAUAAGAGUCCUAAACCUAGCAUAUAGUAAGGAGGAUGACUUACCUUCAACAAAAUGGCUUUUUGGCAGAAUAGUACAGAAACAUUCUAGUACGGAUAACACAACUCGGGUUAUCUCGUUAAAAUAUAAAAGGCUAUUAUUGUGCAGCGUCUAA